AAUCAAACUAUCGACCAAGCAACCUAAGACACCCUUCAUGGACUAAACUAUUACACAGUUCGAAUUGUCUGUUUGAAAUACGUCAUUUCAUACCGAGCUCGGUUAUAACUUCGAGAAAAUGGUGAUUGUUCACGUAAAACACAAGGACGAUAGCCAGUUUCUAUUCGUAACCACCCUGAAGACCACAGUGAACGAGUUGGUGAAUUCAGUGGUUGCUAUUUACAAUGGUCGGUUGAAAAUUCAGAGGAUCUGUUCCGAAAUGGAGGAGCUCGCUAAGUACGGCACGUUAUUUCCUCCCGAAAUAUUAGGACUGACGGAAGAACAGGUAGAAGAGUUAAAACUGACUGACCCAUGGGGUGAAAAGUGCAUUCCUAGCGGAGGUUACACCUAUGAGAAGGACCCUAUUGGUAGAAGGAAUGGUAGGAAGCCGUCAAAAGCUAUGCAGGACGUUCUCACAAAUGCUAUAGCUGAAGCAAAGGAGAUGAUAUCAAAGAAACUAGUUAUACAAGGUAAAUGUUUGACAAUGAAGACUGUGCAAGAAGCAAUCAAUAUCCUGAAAGGAGCUGUUACGAUUGUGUACCCUAUGAAGCUGCCACCUCAUGAUACUAUACGAAUGGAGUUUGAAAAUACUGAGGAUCUAACGGGAACUCAAGCUUCAUUGGAGAUAAUCGAUCCCAACACUGCUCAAAUCUGGUUCUGCGGUAAGGAAAUGUACCGGGAAGGAAAAACUGUUGGAGACUAUGUCGGAAAAGUGGAAAACUGCAAAGUUAUUAUGAAGAUUUCGAAAAGAGGCGAAGGACCUCCUGGAAGGGAGCCAGUAAUGAGUGAAGAGGAGAGAAAACAGCUGAUGUUACAUGCAUACAGGAAACAGGAAGAAUUGAAGAAAAUUGAAAAAGAUGACGAUGAUAGCUACCUGAAUUCUGACUGGGCCGACAGCUCUAAUUUGAAGAAAACUUUCCAUGGACUAAAUAACAUAUCCUGGAGACCAUAAAGUAUACUUCCUUAUUGUGAUAGUCUGUUAAUGAUUCAAGAAAUCUUCUUUCGUAAGAA